CCGAGCCUGGGAGGCUCAGCCCAGUACCGGAAGAGCCACUGAGGAUGAGGCCCGCCAUCUGCCUCUGAAGAGGGGAAUCCCUCCAACCCCAAGCUCCAGUACCAGGUGGCUCCCUCCCUUCGCCGGGGGAGCCCUGGAGACAGAGCCCAGGAGUACCAUGGCAUCUGACCUGGAGAGCAGCCUCACCUCCAUAGACUGGCUCCCUCAGCUGACCCUCCGUGCUACCAUCGAGAAGCUUGGGAGUGCCUCCCAAGCCGGGCCUCCCGGGGGCAGCCGCAAGUGCUCACCAGGCUCCCCCACAGAUCCCAAUGCCACCCUAAGCAAAGACGAGGCAGCAGUCCACCAGGACGGCAAACCCCGGUACAGCUAUGCCACGCUUAUCACCUAUGCCAUCAACUCCUCCCCAGCCAAGAAGAUGACCCUCAGUGAGAUUUACCGUUGGAUCUGCGAUAACUUCCCCUAUUACAAGAACGCUGGCAUCGGUUGGAAGAAUUCGAUUCGGCACAACCUUUCUCUCAACAAGUGUUUUCGGAAGGUGCCUAGACCUCGGGAUGAUCCUGGGAAGGGCUCCUAUUGGACAAUCGACACCUGCCCCGACAUUUCCCGAAAGAGAAGACACCCUCCAGAUGAUGAUCUGUCCCAAGAUUCACCAGAACAGGAGGCAAGCAAAAGCCCACGUGGAGGUGUUCCAGGGAGUGGAGAAGCCUCACUGCCUCCAGAGGGGAAUCCUCAGAUGUCACUUCAGAGUCCCGCAUCUAUCGCCACCUAUAGCCAGGGCACAGGGUCUGUGGAUGGCGGAGCAGUGGCUGCAGGAGCUUCAGGCCGAGAAGCUGCUGAGGGUCCUCCUCCCCUCUAUAACACCAACCAUGACUUUAAAUUUUCCUACUCGGAGAUCAACUUUCAGGACCUGAGCUGGUCCUUCCGCAACCUCUAUAAAUCUAUGCUGGAGAAGUCCUCUUCCUCCUCUCAGCACGGCUUUUCGUCUCUCCUGGGGGACAUGCCGCCUUCCAACAGCUACUACAUGUACCAGCAGCAGCCGCCGCCGCCUCAGCCACCGCAGCCGCCGCCGCCCCCUCCCCAGCAGUCCCAGCCGCCACCGCAGGCCCCGGCCCAGGGCCCUGUGGCCGUGGGGGCUGUGCCUCCACUGCACACCCCAAGCCCGGAUGGCUGUGCCCCGCCAGGAGGAAAGCCCGCCGGGGCCGAGGGCUACGGGCCGCCCCCCGUGAUGGCCAUGCAUCCCCCGCCGCUGCAGCAUGGCGGCUACCACCCUCAUCCUCACCACGCCCACUCCCAUUCCACCCAGCAGCCGCCACCUCCACAGCCACAGGCCCAAGGCCAGACUCCCCUCAACAGCACUGGCUUCGGCUUUCCUCCUGACUGGUGCUCCAAUAUCGACUCCUUAAAGGAAAGCUUCAAGAUGGUGAAUCGGCUCAAUUGGUCCAGCAUCGAGCAGUCACAGUUCUCAGAGCUGAUGGAGAGUCUCCGGCAGGCAGAGCAGAAGAACUGGACCCUCGACCAGCAUCACAUUGCCAACCUGUGCGACUCCCUCAACCACUUCCUCACUCAGACUGGUCACGUGCCUCCACAGGGGGGCGCCCACCGGCCACAGGCUCCUGCCCGUAUUGCUGACUCCUGUGCCCUCACCAGUGGCAAACAGGAACCAGCCAUGAACCAAGUGAACUCUUACGGACACCCACAAGCUCCCCACCUCUACCCUGGUCCAUCACCAAUGUACCCAAUUCCUACCCAAGACUCAGCAGGAUACAAUCGCCCAGCACACCAUAUGGUUCCUCGGCCACCGGUCCCGCCUCCUGGUGCCAACGAGGAGAUCCCUGAUGACUUCGACUGGGACUUGAUCACUUAGUGCAUCACAGAGUGUGGACAGCAGCCCGGGGCCCAAUGGCGAAGUCUGGCGGCAGGGAAGCACAGCCCCAGCCGGUCCCUUCCCCCUGCCUGUAUAUAGAUAUAUAGCCUCUUUCUGUUCUUUGUCAGAGAAGCCACCGCAAGAUGCUGCCGAAGAUAAUUCCCUCUUUCCUGCCUCAUUCUGUUCUCUCCUUCCCAUCUCUUCCUGAUUCUUUUAUUAUUAUUCUUAUGUUAUUAUUGUUGUUGUUAUUAUUAUUGGUUAUAUACUGUCCCAAGUCUCCUGUCCCUACACCAUGGACCUCGUUGUCCGCCCCUUGCUAAUUUAAAAUCUUUGGGCUGGAAAGAUAAGGCCACGAUAUGUACACAGAAAAGUUUCCAACUCUGAUUUCCCUUUCUCCCCGAGAAACACAAUGCUAAUCCCACUGUUUUGGCCCUAAGUUAUUUUGUUCCUGUCAGUUUCGGGCCAGGACUAGAGAGGCCGCCUUAUCCAGAAGCAGCGGUCUGCCACACUGCUUGGCAGCCGUGAACGUGCAGGUCUUCCUCCAUGGUGCUAAUUCUCUGUCCUCUGAGUUCUUCCUUGUCCUUUGGAUGACCAGUGCUUACUUCUGCCAAUCCUCAUUUCCCGUCAAGGGUCGGCACGGCGGCGGUGCAGUAGGGUGACAGUCAAAUCCUAGCGGAGUGAGAGACCUAAGUUGGAAGCGACCGAAGAUGAACCAGUGUGAAGUUGGGUGUGCGCCGCAUGUGACAUACCCUCCAUUGAUUUGUUCUGAGACCCUUCUCUAGGGAGAUUGGUUUGGUUUGAGCCCAAGCUCCGCCUCUGUAGGUAGGGCAUGAGGACAGCCCUUCAGCAUAGUGUUAGUUUCUAGGAGAUGACUUCCACUUCACUACUUUAGCUUUUUAAAAAUGAUUUUCUCUGCAAAUUAACUGUGGCUCUUAUUUGCAUUUACAAAUGACCCAUCUAUCCCCUUUCUCCUUUCAGCAAUUGUCAGUUUGCCCUCCUUUACUUGUUUGCCCAGAUCUUCCAUCCAUUUUGUUUUCUUCCCCCCAUUUUCUGGGAUCUUCAAGGAAGAGAGAGUAAUCCAUGAUCAGGCUGAGUUUCCUCAUGUCCUUAGAUGUGAUGGGAACCGUUCUCCCACCUAUCGUAUCAGGACUGGUGGGAAGAGCGUGAGGAGAGGAAAAGGGAGCCGGUGCAGAGGUGGGCGGGGCACCGUUCAGUUCUUUACUUAUCCAGGCAGAUGCUUCUCAUGAAGCUUAGGUCAUCAGGGCUGCAGCGCUUGCAAGCAGACUUUUGAAGAGUGAGAAAAUUGUCAGAGGUGAGUAAAUCAUCAAGAGGCAAGAGUUGAGUGAGGGCCAAGGGUGACUCCCAGAAAAGUUGUAGAGAUAACUCAUCUCCUUAACAAGGAGUAGCCAUGAUUUAUUGCUGCAAAGUACUUAGUGUAUAUUUAAUGUUAAUUGUUGCAUUUCCGUUGUGAGAGGGAAGAGUGAUUUUACUUCCGUUCUUAUUUCACUUUCUGAAAGCUGCGGGAUAAGAUAUAUGGAAUGGACAAGGGCACUCUUUAUGAUUUUUACUUUCUGUUCCUAGUCUUUUAUUUACCCAUGAUUUCCAAGAGAUUUGGCUUUCCGUUCUCCUACUUUUUCUCUACCCCUUUCCUUUUUUUGGGAAGGGGGUUAGAUAUGAGAGUUUGUUGAAGAAGUACAGUGAGGCUGAAGCCAAGGGGCAAGAUAGGGCAGUUAACUAAAGAGCACUUUAUUUCUUUGAAGCCUUUGUAAAAAGGACACAGGGGUACGAGUGGCUUGAAGCCGCCAUUCUGUUGGAAGACACUUAGUGGGGCUGAACUAUGUUGUAACGUAUCCUGUUGGGAAAAGGAGAGCUUCUCUUUAAGGGUGGCAAGACGCCUUUGCCCAGCGUCCCUCCUUUAGGCAUCUUUCCUUAUUCCUUUCUUUCGAGGUGCAUCCUACACACAACUCCCCAUUUGUUCUCCCCAGGAUUCUCCCUUUACAAAUGUUCACUCCUCUUUUCUAGACCCUUUUCCUAUUCGGACCCACAUGGGAUUUGUAAGGGUGGACUGAACCCUACAUGCAAAUUCCCCUUGUUCAUCUGUGUCUUCUGAAAGCUAGUCUCAUGAAGAAUCCUGGUGGGCAGCCAGGGUAACUAAAGUUUGGAGCUGGGACUGGACACUGGCCACAGACCUCCUGAGAUUCCAGUUCCCCUGCCUCGAGCUCAGCAUUGCUGCAGGGCACAGAAGAAGCCUGACUCCCUUCGGGCCUCAAUUUCCCUUCCCUUUCAUGAAAUGGAAAAUGUACUACUUCUCCUUGUUGGUCCAGCAUUGCUGGACAUGAAGUGUAGUCAUUGCUGUUGUAUUGGGUGAUGUGUGCAAAACCGCAGGAGCUCACUGCCUAGAAAAGGAAAUAAGGGACAAAGCGGAGGAGAGGGACAAGGGGAGCAAUUAUUUGGUGUUGAUCCACCCGCCCCAGCCUUCUUCUCCUCAGCCCUCACUCCUCGUGUUUCUGGUUUGGUGAGUCCGUCACCACCCAUAAUGCUUUGCAUUGGUGCAGGCUGGGAAGGGGGUGUAUGGUCUCACAAGUUGUUUUUUUUGCAUGCUUUCUUAAUAAAAAAAAAAGAAUGUUUACAGUUUUAUCUUA